AUGAAUUUUUACAUUGAAUCAAAUAUCUCUCCAAAAAUACCUCUUGCCAAAAGUGUUGUAAAUAAUGACCAUUAUUCUAGAUAUUCAUAUGAAGAAAAAGAAAAAAGUAUUAAAAAGAGAAAUUUCAUAAGCAUUAUGUCUUCAAAACUUUUCAUUUUAUCAUUUUUUACUCUGUUAUAUAUCCUUUUAAUAAGUAUACAUAAAUCUUAUGUUAAGGUAGGUUCAGACUUAAAGUCAUGUAAUAUAUAUUCAAGAAAACUUGCUGAAUUCAUCCCAGGAUUAUCCAAAGAAGAAGAAGAAUUAGAUGUGGCUGAAAAAUUGGAGAGUAUGAAUUUAAAUGAUAGUUCAAAUAAUGAUCCAGUGGUAAAACCUAAAAAAAAAAGUAGAAAUAGAGGAUCAAGGCGACAAAGAAGAUAUUUAGUGUCCGAUAAACCUUUAACAGAAGAUGAAAUAAAUGAUGAAAUUGAAAAUUUGCUAGAAUGUACUUUUAAGAAGUAUGCUAAAUUAUCUACAGUUAUUGUAGACGAACAUUUAGAAAUUCUUGAUGAAACAUCAACUAAAUUAAAUGCAUUAUAUAAACGAAUGAAAAAUAGCAAUUCUAAUGAAAUGAAAUCAAAAAAAGAUAUUUGGGAUUGUCUUGAUGUAGAUUAUUUUACUGAAAAAGCUAUAAAACAACAAAAAGAAAAUUUUAAGUUACUAAAAGAAUUAUCUGAAAACAAUUCAAGUAAUAUCCAGGAAAUAUCAAAACAUACACGUAACAUUAUUGAAACAUCAUAUAAAAUGACAAAAGAAAUGAUUGAGUUAUGGAAAAGUAUUUUUACUUCUAAUUGA